GCAAAAAAAGUUAACACGCCGAUACUAUAAAUACAUGAAAACCUCAAACAUAUACAUACCAACUCAUCUUUUUCCUCAAAAUAUCCACCAAGGAAAAUGGGACUUUUGAAGGAUGAUGGGUUCGUUUACAAGCCAGUGAACGAAGUCGAUCUUGGACCUAACAGCAAAGAAGUUUACCUUCAUGCCGACGUCAAAGCGUAGACAGCGUAGUUGUUCGUGCAGGAUCUAGCAUCUCGACAGCGAAGACAGCGAACUAGCCAGAUAUCAGAUCAGCGAAGACAGCGAACAAGUUUUCAGAGAUCAUAAUCUACAUCGCUCGCCGGCGAUUUUAACUGGUUUGGUAGCGAAUUAAAGACUGUUUCAGCCAACGUUCCUCAAAAACUAAGAAAAAUGUCGCUAAAUCAACUAAGUCCAAUCGCUCAAGCGGAACUUGAAACUGGAACCACAACUCGCCCACCAAAGUUGAAAGGAGCUGAAGAUUUUAGCACUUGGAAAACUCGCUUUCAGUCGUUCUUCGAGUACACGGAUUACAAUCUGUGGCUCUCCGUUACAGCCGGACCUCACGUUCCUACGGUAGUUAGAGGAGAUACGGUGGUUCCUAACAACGAUGCUACCACCUUCACUGACGAAGACAAGGCCCUCAUUCAACGUGAUCGUCGUGCACACGCCGCUCUAACCAUGGCUUUAUCAACAAACGACUGCAACAUGUUUGAAGAACACCGAACUGCUAAUGCACUCUGGAAUGCAUUGAUCGAAUACUAUGAGGGAAAUGAAGAACUGAUCGAAAGCAAGAGAGAUAUGGUGCAGAAGCAAUACGACAUGUUCUGCGGAGUCCGUGGAGAGAGCUUGUCUGAUCACAUUAGUCGCUUCCUAAACAUGAUGACCAAAAUGAAGAAAGCUGGAAAUCCUGUAACCAAUCGUGCUGCAAUAAAGAAAUUGCUUGACUCGCUCCCCAAGGAAUGGAGCUUGCAGUGUAUGAUGAUCAAGAAGGAAUUCCUCAACAAUCCUAAUCCUGUUACUCUGACAGAUCUGAUCAACACUCUAAGGGCAUUUGAAAUGGACGUAAACAAGAGAGAAAUGAACACUGCUGGAUAUCAACCUAAAGCAACUCAACCUUCAGCAGGACUGAAGAAUGUAGCGUUUCUCGCUUCAGGGGGCAUUACUCCACAAGCUUCUGAUCUUAUUUAUGGAAAUGCUUCCGCAAGCGCAUCUAAAGCCCCACAAGUUGUCGAGAAAACGAUCACUGUCGAUACUCAAGCACUGAAAGUUUCAACCGAAAAUGUGGCACUCUUCAACACUUUCCUAAGCAGCUAUGAAGCCCUAAUGUCUGGGGAAUUGAGGAAGGAGAUGUUUACUGCCGAAGACAUGUAUCAGGUUGAUCCAGAUGAUAUGGAAGAAAUGGAUCUGAAAUGGCAAAUGGCCAUGAUCACUCUGAGAUUGAAGAAGUUUCAAGACAAGACAGGCAAGCGAUUAGGUCUUGGAAAAGCUGGUUUUGACAAGUCUAAGCUGAGGUGCUACAACUGUAAGAAUCUUGGACACUUCAAGCGUGACUGUCCGAUGUUGAAAGAGGGAAACAGUGAAGCUACUCCAGCUGCUAAACAGAUCACUGCCGAAGAGAACAAAAGCAACGCUUCUCCCAGCACGCCGAAGGCUUUGGUUGUUGAAGACUAUGACUGGAGCGAAGAGAUCACUGAAGCUAAGGAACAAGUCAACAAAGCACUGAUGGCCAAAAUCUCUAGUGAAUCAUCUGCAAAGCACUUUGAGAAGCAGACAACGGGAAUCCCAACUGGAAACAAUGAUGCUGACCAGGGAUUGAAAGGUAUUCUGCCUUCAGUGGAGUCUGGUGAUAAAGCUGAAAAAGAUGCUGAGAAAGGAAAGGAUAAAGCUCAAGCUACAGCCAUGAAAGCAGAUGCAUCAAAAGAGAAGGCUGACAGAGACUUGAUUCCAUUGAGUGUAAAGAAGAUGUGUGCGAUGAUGAUGGAGACUGCGGAGGGUCAAAAAUAGGAAUUGGUUAUUCAGGCGACAGUUAUUCCACCGUUAACUGGUUCGUCUGGAAUUGUUCUAAAAACAAUGUUAAGGAUGAAUGUAAUAGUUUAAGUAGGAUGGAUGACUGUAAUGGCCAAGUGCCUAAAACUAAAUCUGUGGAUGACUGUAAGGGCCAUGUGCCUACAUUUGAGACCCGUGAUCAUGAACCUUAUGUGUCUGAAUGUCAUGGUUUGAAUUAUGCGUGUCGUGAUGAUAAUGUUGCUUGUGAAUCUCCUGUAUU